GAAGUAAACCCCCAAAUAUUUUUGUUUAAUUUUUCUCUGUUUAUUUUUCUUUUUCCACCCCAUUCGCCAAUUUGUCGGCGAUUUAGUUAGUACAAGCCGGAUCCGACAUGCCGGCGCAGCCGAUUUAGUUACCGGGAGUCGUUAUCAAAUCUGAAACUUCCUGCCAGGAGUGAACAAAGGGCCGGUGGCUUCGGUUGGGAGCUUUAUUGAAAGUGUAUUGUGGCCCCAGAUGAGCAGAACUGAUGUUAUUGGCAUUGGAAGGAGGUGGGUUCUUCUCUUCGUCAGCUUCUGGGUAUAGCAAGGGCUUGACCCUUCUUCUCUUGGGUCAAAAGCACGAAGACAAGCCCAUGAAAGUUAGUCCGUGGAAUCAUUACCAGUUGGUGGACCAAGAACCUGACCCUGACCUCCAGCUGGCUUCCACGAAGAAUCGGCUUUCCCGCGGUUGUGCUUCCUUUGUCUGUUUUGGUCGCACUUCUGCGGGAAUUGAUGCCCCAUCCCCUCUUAAAGUAGGUCCUACACAACAGCAGGAUGUCUUGCCAGGACCUCUUGUUUCGGACGAGGGCAAAGAUCAUGAAACUGAUCUUAUUCAUGAAAACAAUACAAGAAAAAUCUCCCUUAAGAGUAGCUUGAAGAAGCGAUCAAAGAGCAUUUCAGGUCUAGUUCAGGUCACCGAUCAACGUGAGGCAUUGAGUGAAAAGGGUAGUGAUAUCAAUGGUCACACAGAAAGGAGGAAACUGCAGUGGACAGAUGCUUGUGGUAGUGAGCUUGUUGAGAUCAGGGAAUUUGAGCCCAGUGAAACAGUGCAGUCAGACGAUGAAUUUGAGAACGGAAAUGAAAGAAGUUGUUCAUGUGUAAUCAUGUAACGGGAUCUUUGCCAAUACAUCAUGUAGCUGAAUGGUUUUUGACAUGCAACGAUGCAUUUGGUAGAUAAAGAUAACUACUAACAGCGGCUCAUUGGUUUCUCCCUGGUUCAAUAGAUUUCUUGUGAAAGGUAAAGCUCGUAUCUGGUCCCAGGAGCACGUCAUGUUACAUCUAGCCACUUUUGUACAACUGUUCUUUUGUCUAUAUUCAAAUGAAGAAGAAUUCAGUCCGUCGUUUGGGGUUCACUUUAUUAAGAAUUUUUGUAUCGCGUCCAUUGUUUCAUGGCAAUUGAUUUGGUAGUAUUCUUUUUGGUAGACCAUUUGUAGUUAAAAUGGAAAUCUUCUGUGUUUGUUGGUUCUCUCCAGGAUUGACAGCGUAGAGCUUUGGUGUGCUUUCUCUGAUUGAUAUUUUGUUCAUAAAAUGACAUUCGUCCAAA